AUGUAUUCUACCUUGAUACCUGUGGCUUGCUUCAUUGCCUUUCUCAGCUACUUCAUCGUUUGGCCAGUCAUUGUGUACUUCUAUGAUGCCAAGGGCUUCAGAAAAUAUCCGUCAAUGAAUGCCAUCGCCGGCUUCACUGAUCUCGGGUUCAUGUAUGAGGCCACCAAAGGCUUCCGAUCAAAGCGUCUAAGUGAACUACAUCAGAAGUAUCCCGUCAUCCGCAUCGGCCCAAACUCGCUCUCUUUCCGUGGUAUUCAGGCGAUCAAGGACAUCUACGGCCAUGGCACCGGCUGCACCAAGGACAUCUUCUAUUCCACCUUGGCCGGUACACACUUCCACCUUGCCGAUGUCGUCGACAAGGCCGAGCACGCUCGCAAGCGUAAGGUCCUCUCUGCCGCCUACGCCCUGAAGAACCUCGAAGGGUGGGAACACAAAGUGGCAGACAAGGCGGAAAAGUUCAUCAGGGCAUGCGAUGCGGCAUGUACCGCGCCCCUCAAGCCCGGCCUGAACCCUGAUACCGCAGAUCUCACCUUUGACUACCGCAAAUAUACAAACUUCUUCACGCUAGAAGCCAUCGCAGACAUUGGUUUAUCGGAACAGCUCGGCUUCAUGGAGAAGGGAUCGGAUGCUUGCACAGCUGAGAAGAUGGACGGGACGCUCUAUACGGUCCCUGGCGCUCGCGCAGCCCUGCACGAGGGAUCUAUUGCGCAGACUUGCACCGUUUGGGCGUACCCUUGGUAUAAAUGGAACAUCUACAUCACCAAGCUCUUGUCCAAGAGGUAUCGUGACAUGUGGGAGCUGAGCGACAACUGGAGCGAUCUCGUAUAUCAUCGCGCCACGAAGAGGCUCGCUCGGUACGAAGCCGGAGAGAAGCUAGAUGACUUCUUCCAAGCCCUGAUGGAGGACAAGAAUGGACAGCCCCAUAACCUCGACUGGGGUGAGAUUGUGGCCGAGAUCUCCAUCAUGAUGAACGCCGGGUCUGACACGACUGCCAUCGCCUUAGUCAACGUUAUGUACCAGCUCAUCAAGAACCCCCAGGUUCUAAAGAAACUCCGAGACGAAGUCGACACAGUCCUUGAUGAAGAUGAAGUCGUCGCGCCAUACGAGAAGGUCAAGCAUCUGCCUUACCUCCGUGCUGUCCUCGACGAGUCUCUCCGCCUGGCGCCACCAUCCAGCUUCGGUCUGCCUCGCCGUACUCCAACCGAAGGUUGCUCCGUUGGGACAGAGUGUAUCCCCGGAGAUACCACGGUGAGCAUCUCGGCGUACGUCGCCCACCGCGAUGAGAAGGUGUUUGAGGAUCCAGAGACUUUUCAGCCGGAGCGUUGGCUGGGGGAGAAGGCUCGUGAGCUGCAGGCAGGGUUUGUGGCUUUCAGCGCUGGAGCCCGCGGUUGUAUAGGAAGGAAUAUCUCAUACCUUGAACAGACUGUCCUGUUGGCUUCUGUUGUGCAUCGGUAUGAGAUGGCUCUCCCAAAUAAGAGUUGGGUACCCGAAGUAAGGGAGGGUACUAAUCUGCUGAUGAAGGAAAUGCCGGUGAAGGUUUGGCGAAGGAAUCGGGUUUGA